GAUAGAACAGCCAACUUUUUGGUGUUGAAGCGAAAUAGGAGUCAACUAUAUCAACUUCUAGCUCAUUAGCUCGUUCUUUGCCCGGGAAAGGUUAACAACACAAAUUCCCAUUAUGACCAAACAUUUUAUCUAAUUAGCUAAAGACCCGGAUAUAAUCAGCACACACGGGUGGAGUGAGUGACCGACACAACCAAGCUUAUUUUAUGGCUCUGUCUGUGUUUCCAAAGACUAAUGCAUGCUGUGCAGGAGCAUCCACAAACAUCGUAAGUGAAGUUGCCACUCUGCAGUCUUCCGUUCUUAUCUUUUUGUUGGAGUACUUUCGAAUGUUGGUCUUCAAAAUGUUCUAAGGACUUUCUGCAAUAAGAUCUCCACAGAGAUCUGUCUGAUGCAUAGCAUUCUCAGUUGGAUACAUCAAUAUUACAAGAUUUCAAAUUGGAUUUUAGUGAGUCUUUAAAGCGUAGUCUCUGACCUCCUGCUGUUCUAGAACCUUCCUUUGGCUGACCAUAAAACACUGCGUUUGGGAUUCUAUCAUCCUUCAUUUGAACAAGAUGGUCACACCAUCGAAGUUGAGCUUGAAGUAGCAAAGCCUCAAUUCCAGGCAUGUUGCAUUUUUUCAAAACCUUGUAUUGUGUACCAUUCUUACCACUUGACAUUGGCGAUUUUGCGAAGACAUUGCAUGUGAAAUUUGUCCAAGUUGUUUAAUGUGUCUUCUAUAUAAUGUCCAAGUCUCACAGCCAUAAAGUAAUGUGGUAAUUACAACUGCUUUAUAGACUUUGAUCUUAGUUGCUGUGGUAAUGCCAUGUUCAUUCCAAAGGCAUUUAGUGAGAUUACUAAAAGCAGCACCAGCUCUACAGGAUGCAUUGAAAUUUCAUCAUCCACAACAAGGUUUUGAGGCAGAGUACUUCCUAAAUAUGAAACUUGGCAACUGAGCUCAGUGGGGUGUCUUACACUUUUACAACAGGAGGUGUGUAAGAAAACCCAGGUGUUGGUUGGUACAAGACUUUGGACUUCUUGAGACUUACAGUGAGCCCAAAAUGUCGUGCAGCAUUUGAAAAGCAAUCCAUGAUGAAUUGAAUAUCCUCUUAUGUUGUGCGCAACAAAGGCACAGUCAUCUGUAAAGAGAAGGUCACGUAUGAGAAUGUCACUGACUUUGGAUUUUGCACUGAAUCGAUGAAGGUUGAAACUGUUCCAUCAGAGCGCGAUUGAAUUUAAACACCUUUAUUGCAAUUCUUGAAGGCAAUGUGUAGCAUGACAGAAAAAAAGAUGUUAAAUAACAAUAGUGCAAGAACGCAACCCCUCCCUCACACACACACACACACACACACACACACACACACACACACACACACACACACACACAUGCACACACACACACACACACACACACACACACACACACACACACACACAUGUACACGUACACGUACACACACACACCACACACCACACACACAGCUCUUCUUUAUAUAGCUUAUGCAGAAGCUGAACAGUAACUGUUCAUCAUGAAGAUGGAAAUGUGAAAGCAACAAAUUGGGAGAGGAGGGCGUAAGCAUGUAAAAUGAUACCACAUCAGGUUAAUUGAAUGCAAAAUCAUGUUUUAGGCUCUCCUACAAGUAUACAGAAAUUCGGAGUGAUGCACGCAGUCGUCACAUGCUUUCACGUUGAAUAUCAGCUUGCAGUUUACCGUUUAGUCAUGAGAAUGGCCAUGUAGUUUGGCGUUACUAAAGCGGGUACGUGUAUGCCCUAUGUAUACCCGUGCCUUCUUAUUAUAAUAAAAAUGUGAUUGUGGUAAGAAGAUAGCCACAUUCAUUGCCACUGUAAUAACAACAGAUGUCCCAUUUAUGCCUCACUUCCGUCCGCUAGGAGAGAUACACUCAAUCCGAAGGGACCGUCUUAAUACCGAAGCAUACGUUUGCAUUGUGGUGUGGAACACAGUCUUCACAGUUUUAUGGUGAUUGGCCCGGUAGUGUUGGCAUGAUUGAUGUUACAGACAGACAGACAGACAGACAGACAGACAUUUAAGUGAGUUUGUCAAACAGCCCAAGAAAUUACAACAAAAACUAUCUAGUCAACUACACGAGACAAACGCAAAUUCCUGCCUGGAAACUUCAGUUUCACAAUCAGAUAGAGCUGCAGCUAAAUUUAGAUCAAUAAGAGGUAAGGGAGCUGGGUCAUAGCUGGAAGCCAUUCCUACUGAAGAGAUUUUUGCACUGGAACCCGACGAAUUUCGUUUGGCAGCAUCUCUGAGGUUGGACAUACCUGCACCUUUUGUCAACUGGAACAUCCAGUGUGAAUGUGGCAAGUUGGCAGAUGAAUAUCAUCUUCUUACAUGCAAACAUGGAGGUGGGCCUGUGUGGCAACACGAUAAAAUUGUAAAUGCAUGGAGCACUUGUCUACAUGAAUUAAAGAUUCAUCACGAGAAAGAACCUCGACAUCGUUACUCUGGAAAUGAGAAUAGACCAGACAUAGUUGUGUAUGACUCUGGGUGUAGCUAUGACCUUGAUGUGGCUAUGGCUCAUCCUUUCAGGCAAGACGCUUUAAAGCAGGCAGCUUUAGAGGAAGGUUUUGCUGCAGCAAGAAGGGAGGAAAGGAAGAUGAUCAAAUACGAAAAACAACAACAUGCUGGCAAUACAUCAAGCCUCAAUUUCACUCCUCUGGUAUUUGAACAUUUUGGAACAUGGGGAUCAGAAGCUACCAACUAUCUAAACAAACUAGCCAGAAGAUCAAGGGACAUUGAAGGCUAUACAAAUGAAGCUGACUUUAGAGGUUUUUGGAGAAAAAAUUCUCAAUAAUAUUACAACGAUGCAACGCUAGAGUCAUCCUCCACAAGCUGACACGUGUCUUCCCUGGAGAAGAAGAUGAGAACAUACACAAUAGAGACUACCAAAGUAGUUUGCAUUAAACUAAAGCUGAACUCAGUAGAUUUCUUGUAUUUAGUGUUAGAAAUGUAAUGUAGAGUUUGUGUUUCAAUAAAUGAAAUUGAUAGACAGACAGACAGACAGACAGACGACAGACAGACAGACAGACAGACAGAUCAAACUUUAUAGAGAUAGAGAAGAUAUAUCAAGACAGACAAUAACUAUUUUUGUACGAGCAAAGGAACAUUGUUAAGUAGCAGCAGAAUUACCUGAGGAGGAUCAAGCAGUACAGUGUGUACAGGAAGAAAGAAGACCCAUAAUCUAUCUUAAAUUUAACCAUUGCUCCAAAACUUUCUGUGGAUAGAUCAUGAUGGAAGAGGCGGGUGGAAGCAAUCACCUGGGAGACGGCAGUGCUUGACUAAUUGCAUGCUGACUGGACAGAAAGUGGAUCUGUGGCACUGAUCAUGUUUUCUGCUCUAAAAAGAAGACAUUGUAUUAUCAUGAUGAGCUUAAUUCUCAGCAUUUUCUCGAAUGGUUUACAAGCUGCUAAAAAUUACGUGGGUGCUCGUUUCAUUCUUGCCUGUGCGAAUGAACAUGUACCUUACUUGCUUGACUAGCUGCAGAGUGGAAAAAACUUAUAUGAUAUUCUAAGUAUUAGCUAAGAACAGCAUUAACUGUCACAACAACUCAAUCACUAUAUAAGUUAACGCUGCUUAUGCCUAAUUCAAUAUUGCUGCCAUGGCAAUAACAGAGUUAUGGUCACAUAACAUAAAGUGUUAGUAUUUUAUACCCAUCAAGGAAAACAAACAAUUAUUCAAAAUGAUCAAUUUAUAACAGCUGUCUUCUGGGUGUAGCAGUGGUGCAACACUGUCACAUAAGUGAGCAUAGUUUCCAUAGAAACACUACAUCUCAAGUGAUGACUUCAUGUGACGUGAGCUAUUUUAUGUUUACCUUCUUUAAAACUAGCAAAGAAUCAUUUGAAUUUAUUAAUUCCUAAAUGAUUGCCCCAGGGUGUAUGAGUGGUGGCGCAUACACGGACGUAGGUAUGGAUGGAUGGACAUUCAGAGUACCCCUAUGAUGCAUUAGAGCAAAGUCACUUGCUCGCAAACAAUGUCUCACUUUGAUCUGUGACAGUGCUGCAAAUGGUUAUGCAAUGGCUUACUGCAAAGGUCAUUCCAUUUGAUGAGAAAGACCUCAGAUAAAGCUGCCAAGGAAAAGGGCUGUGUUGUCCUUGUUCACCAGUGUGACACUGUGAGUUGAAACCAAUAGAGCUGGUCUAGUUGGACUUCCAACUAUACCUCCAUGAUCACACAACAAACCAUUUCUGGUAUCUGCAGCCUUUCACAUUGUUACUCCAGAAUUAUGUGCCAAACACUUUGAUCAUGUCCUGAAGGAGGAAGAGCAGUUGUGGCAGAAGGACAGGCUGCAGGGAGACUGUCAUUAAGGAUCCAUCAUUCAAAAUUGAGUAGAAGAGGAAUAGGAGGUGGAGGUGGAGAUUGCUGAAGGAAAUCAAGAGACCGAGAAUGUUCAGACUUGAAGAGAAUGAAGGUGAUGAAGACACACCAGAACUGGACAAUGAUGACAAUGCUCUACUAUGCCCGGAUGCAGUAGGAAUGGACAUAGCAAUGUAAAGAUCAUAUUGAUCUCUGUUGUUUCACUGGUAAAAUGGCAGGUUCUGCAGUUUUGAACAGUACCAAUAUCGCCUCUAGUACAUUGUGCAGUGAAGUUAUUAACAUGGCCUUAUUGUGGAGAAUAUGCAUGAUGUGCCCUACGUGAACAAAAGAGUUGGUCCAGAGAUUACAGCUGCCAUGACAGCUAUUAGUUAUUGUGUAAAGAAUGAAACAGAGUUGCCUUGUGGAAUUCAGAUAUUGUCGAAUGCAAAUAUAGAAGCUAUUGCUGUUGCAAAAGCAGCCAGUUUGAACUUUGUUCGAGUGGAAGGAUUCGUGUUUGCUCACAUUGGUGAUGAAGGAAUAAUGGAGUCGUGUGCUGGACAGCUUCUUCGAUAUCGGAAGAUGAUUGGAGCUAAUGAAGUUUUAAUAUUUACUGAUAUCAAGAAAAAACACUGCUCACAUGUGUUAACAUCGGAUUUCGAUAUUGCAGAAACUGCAAAGUCUGCUGAAUAUUUUCUCAGUGAUGGAGUUGUUGUUACUGGUAUUGCAACUGGUCAUCCUGCACAAAGAAGAGAUGUUGAAAACGUCCUAAAUUCCACAGAACUACCAGUCUUGAUUGGGUCAGGCGUAACUGUGACUAAUGUAAGUGAAUUCAGUCAAGCACAUGGCGUGAUUGUGGGAUCACAUUUUAAAAAGGACGGCGUGUGGUCAAAUGAAGUAAACAUUGCAAGGGUCGUUGAAUUUAUGCAAUCUCUACAUCCUGGUGAAUAACUAGAAAUCUGUUGCAUUCUAGAGACACUCAUUAUUUACAUUCCUAUUGCCUGUUGCGAAUAUAACAUUUAAAUAGGUGCAGUAUACAUCAGAUGAUCUGAGUCAAGGAGUAACUUAUGAUGCUGCAAUCCUUAGAUACAAAACAACUAACUACAUAUUUAUAUUGCUAUUGACGUAUUAGCCUAGAGAUGUGUCUAAUGUUUGCGAGGACACAAUAUGCCUCGUUGAGAGUAUCGCCUCUGAUGCAGAGA